CACAUCAUACUCUCUUCGGGUUCUUGACGAUUCAAUCAAAAUUUGAACAGAAAUUUAUCACUCAAUCCAUGGAGAUUUAAUCUGUAAGUUUACUUCUUCUUCAUCAUUGUUUUAGGGUUUCAAUUUGAUUAAUUUUUCUCAGUAGUUCUUUUUUUUCAUCAAUUUCAAGGGUUUUUCCGUCGAUUGAUAUUAGUUUUGCAAAAAAAUUCAGCACAGAUUUUUUAAUGACGACUUCAACACAAACUCAGUCAUCCUCAUUUUCUUCUUCUACAUUUUCAUUCGGAACUGCCACCUCCUCUUCCUCUUCUUCCUCACAAUUUUCAUCUACCCCUUCUUCCACUGGAUUAUCUUUUUGUAUUACAGCAGCAUUUGGUUCAUCUGCUGGACCUUCAACAAAUCUUUUCUCAUUAGGAUCUCAACAACCUUCCGCUCCAUCAAACAAUUUAUUUGGUUUUUCUAGUUUUGGAGUGACUUCUGCAUCUGCCAGCACUACACCUGCAUUUGGGUUUCGCAAAACAGCAGCAACUGCAGGCGGUGGUUCUUCAUUGUCUGGUUCAACAUCUGCAGCUCUAGCUGUGUCUAAUGUAGCACCAAAGUUCUCCAUUCCUUCGUUUGGAACAGCUCCCUCUACUUCGUCAGCUUUGUCAAAUGCUGCACUAGCUUUUACUAUGCCCUCGUUUGGAGCUCCCACUGCUGCUGCUGCCUCAAUUACACAGACGACAGCUCCUGCAUCAGUGGCACCUGCUGCAACCACCUCGUCAAAUUUUUCCUUCCGAACUCCAUCCUCUUCCCCAUUUGGAUCUAAACCAGCAUCUGCUGCUGCUACUACAAAUGCAGUUUCGGCUGGCGCACUCUCUAUCCCUGCACUUGCAAAGCCUGUGUUCUCAGCAUCAACAGUCACCACCAUGGGUCCAGUCCUGUCAGCAAGUACAGCAACUGGUACCCCUGCUACUUCUACAAGUCCAGUAAAAACUGCUAUCCCUGCUACCACUACUACAAGUCCACUAACAACUGGCCUACUCUCUUGGCCUGCACCUGCAUCCACAGUCACGACACCUGCUUCCACUGCUCAUGGUCUUUUUUCUUCGCAAGCUGCUGUCUCUGCUGGUUCCGCACCAUCUAUUUAUAACUUCGGCAGGAAAAAGAGUGAAGCAUCCUUUAAAGUUGAUCAGAUGUGGGCCAUUUUUGACGAUUUAGAUCUUAUGCCAAGAAAAUAUGUUCGGAUCGAUAAAGUGUAUUCACCUUUCAAGGUGGAUGUCACAUGGUUGGAGUUUAUUGCUGAGGAUGUACAUGAGACUGCUUGGAAGAGAAGUGGGUUACCUGUUGCUUGUGGAAUGUUCAGAUACAACAAGAGUCAGAAGACUGAUACAAUUAAAGAUACGAGUUCAUUCUCCCAUAUGAUCAGGGAAAAAUAUGUUAAUGAGGAUUGCAACAUCCAUCCCCGGAAAGGGGAAACUUGGGCACUCUACAAGAACUGGAACACUAAAUGGAGCUCUCAUCCGGACAAUCACAGAGAGUACGAGUAUGAAUUUGUUGAAAUCGUGACAGAUUACACCAACAAAUAUGGCAUUGUGGUGACCCGUUUGGUUAAGUUAAAAGGUUUUGUAUGCCUGUUUAAGCCCAAUGGCAUGACUUUCUUUCAGAUACCAUCCAAUGAAAUGUUAAGGUUCUCUCACAGGGUUCCUUCAUUUAGAACAAACGGUAGAGAACGAGAAAAUGUGCCUGAAGGUUAUUUUGAACUUGAUACUUCUUCCCUGCCAAGUAACCUUGAAGAAGUGUCCGGGGUAAUUGAUGUGGAAGCUGCUAAUACAAUUGAUUAUAAUAUUAAUGGUUUGUUGAUGUCCGAAUCAAAAGAUAAGCAUCCUAUGCAGAAGAAGAGAAAAAAUCCUGAUUCACAGAGUACCUUGGAUGUAAGUUCCCAAGGUGCAAAUAAGUUUUCAAGGAUGUCAAACGGAUGCUAUAAGAAUCCAAAUGAAGAAAAGCGGGCAGCAGAAGCUUACAAUCAAACGGGUAAGAGUAAGGCAACCAGUGUUUCAGUCAGCGAAAAAAAUGCAGCUGCUUGCGCUAAGGAAAUUAAUCCAGAUGGGGUGAUUACCAUACCCGACAGUGACGAGGAUAUCCCCUCUUCACCUUCUUCUUUGAGCAUUUUUGAAAUGCCAGACACGGAAUUCUGCAACUUUGACAGAGAGCGUUCUUGUGAAAAAUUUAAGAUCAGCCAGAUAUGGGCUCUUUAUUGCAAAUUGGAUAAGCUGCCCAAAAGCUAUGCUCAGAUAGAGAGUGUUACAUCAUUUCCUGUUUUUAAGCUGUCUGUAAAAUGGCUUAAACCUUGCGAUCCACCGAGACGUAUUUUUCCAUGGGUUGACAAGGAAAUGCCAGUAAGCUGCGGAACAUUUAAGGUCACAUCUAGCGAAGUUGUUGUCUUUAGUGAUUCUAUUUCUUUCUCUCAUCAGUUAACUGGGGUACCAACUGUUAAUAACAUAUACACGAUACUCCCAAGAGCAGGGGAAGUGUGGGCACUAUAUAGUAAAUUUUGCUCUGACUUGACGUGCUCGGACUUGAAGAAAUGCGAGUACGACAUUGUUGAAAUAUUAGAGGUGGUUGAUGUUCAUUGGAUAAUUGUAUCGGUUUUGGAAAGAGUUGCUGGUUUUAAGACGGUAUUCAAAGCUAAAGAAAAAGAGGGACUUGAUUCCACUGCGGCUAUUCCAUGGAUUGAAUUGUACAGAUUCUCUCAUCAAGUUCCUACUUUCAUGAUAUCAGGAGCAAGGUAUGGAAAAUUGCGUGGUUGCUGGGAGCUUGAUCCUAGAUCAUUGGCAGCUUUUGAUCGACCUCUGGAUAAGAGUAAGGCUACCAGUGUUUCAGACAGUGAGAAAAAUAUUGUUGCUCCCACUAAGAAAAUGAGUCUAGAUGGAGUCAUUGCCGUACUUGGCAAUGUGGAUGAGGACAUCUCCUCUUCACCUUCUUCUUUGAAGAAUUUUGAAAUGCCUGGCACAAAAUUCUGCAACUUCGAUCUAGUGCGAUCACGUGAAAAGUUUAAGAGUGGUCAGGUAUGGGCUCUGUAUUGCAAAUUGGAUAAGUUGCCCAAAAAUUAUGCUUUGAUAGAAAGUAUUAAACCAUUUCCUGUUUUUGAACUGUCCGUAAAGUGGCUUAAACCUUGCGAUCCGCCAACAUGUAUUAUUCCAUGGGUUGACAGGGAAAUGCCAGUAAGCUGUGGAACAUUUAAGGUCGCGUCCAGUGAAGUUGUUGUCUUUAAUAAUUCCAUUUCUUUCUCUCAUCAGCUAAGUGAGAUACCAGCUGUUAAUAACGCGUACACAAUCCAUCCUAGGGCAGGGGAAGUGUGGGCAGUAUAUGGUACAUUUCGCUCUGACUUGAUGUGCUCGGACUUGAAGAAAUGCGAGUACGACAUUGUUGAAAUUUUAGAGGUGGUUGAUGUUCAUUGGAUAAUCGUAUCGGUUUUACAAAGAGUUGCUGGUUUUAAGACGAUAUUCAAAGCUAAAGAAAAAGAGGGACUUGUUUCCACUGUGGCUAUACCGGUGCUUGAAUUGUAUAGAUUCUCUCAUCAAGUUCCUAGUUUCAUAUUGUCUGGUGCAAGGUUUGGGCAGUUGCGUGGAUGCUGGGAGCUCGAUCCCAGAUCAUUGGCAGAUUAUUGAUAUUCGACGAACUGAAGAUGAGCAGGGUGGUGUAGAUUUUAUCCAGUACCACAGUCUGUUCCGAAAGAUGAACAAUUCAUAAAGGCUUUAGUGUUGCUCAUUCCACUUGUUAGUUAGAGAACUAGAGAGCUACUGAAGUAAUGGAUGUGUAACAAUUUACUAUGAUCAUUAUUCUUUACAUGGAGCCUACUGCAUAAGAGCCCUUGCACAUUACAUCACAUAAAUAGGAGUGCUGGCAUAAUAUGGUAUCCUUUAUGAUGGAUUGAUGCCCAAGCUCUCAAGAACUUUGUUGGUUGAUAAAUUAAAAUCUACAUUUCAGUUUUCACCAAUGGGAGAAUGUCCCUUCAAACACUGGAUAGCAAGUCCAUCUGACGAAAGAGGUACAAAUUGGGUGUGAAAGCAUUCACUGGCAGGUAUUACAAUCAGUUUGACAAUUACUUUCUUAGAUGAAUAUUUCCUGAUACAUUAUAGGAGGAAUACACACGUUUCAGUCCGAGUUUCCUCUUCAUCUAAUCCCACAGACUUAGAAAAACAAAACCCCAUCUAUGAUAACUUCAGACCCUCUCUCUUAAGAAUUCCCACAAACACUUUUUCAGAUCUGAAACUCAAAUUCAUUCUUCCCUGAAGGAGAGAUUUAGGGUUUUUUGAUCUGAUUGAUUAUCAUCAUCAAAGAUGGGGAAAGGAGGAGUGAAUAAGAGUGUUUUAAAGAAGAAUGCAUUAUCAUAUGCUUAUGUAAGUAUAUGGAUCUUCUUAAGUUUCACUGUAAUUGCUUACAACAGAUACAUUCUAGACAAAAAGAUGUAUAAUUGGCCAUUCCCAAUUACUCUAACAAUGAAUUCAGAGAAGACACUUGAAAUUUCAUUGUGGACACUUGAAUAAUUUCAUUGUUGACAGUAUAAGCUAAAUGCGCCUCUGGUCUUUUGUGACCCAAAGAUGGCUGUUAUAUCCUUUGAAAAUUUCCACCUAUACUUUUACAUAGAGUAGCAUAUUCUUGUUAUGGCAUUGAUGAAGUGGAGCUUGAGAAACGUAGAAAAGAUGGACCAGCACUGCUCGCAUUCAGAAGCAAGAAGUGCGAACAGUAUGCUCCAGGAGCUAAUGAGGGUCCCUAAUGAUCCUUCCCAGGCAGUCAAAUCCAGCUCAUAUGCAGCACAAGAUAAUGAUGAUUUCAUCAUCUUAGUCAGAUUGACAGAUGCUCCGCAUAAACUGAUAUUUCUAGGCAAAAAGAUAAUGAACUGAAGGAGUUAAGUGCAAGCGUGCAAAUAAUUGGAGGUGUGGGGCUUACUUUACACGAAGAACUUACUCGACAGCGUUCGAUUGGUUGAAGGUUUCAGAUCCAUCAGUUCAAGCUGAGAUGAAGUUAUGGCCUUUCAAGGUUAUUGCUGGACCAGGUGAAACACCUAUGCUUACUUCACAUACAAAGGUGAAGAGAAGCAAUUUUCAUCUGAAGAAAUAUCAUCUAUGAUUAAGAUGCGUGACAUUGUAGAAGCUUACCUUGGUUCUUCUGUAAAGAAUGCUGUUGUUACUUUCCCUGCAUAUGAUUAGCAGCGUCAAGCUACAAAGGAUGCUGGUGUCACUGCUGGUCUUAAUGUCAUGAGAAUCAUCAAUGAACCAACUGCUGCUUACUGACCGGGGAGAAGAAUGUUCUAAUUUUUGAUCUUGGUGGUGGUUUGAUGUUUCCUUACUGACUAUUGAAGAGGGUAUUUUCGCUGUAGAUACCCAUCUAGGAGGAGAAGUUUUUGAUAACAGGAUGGUGAAUCAUCUCAUGCAAGAGUUUUAGAGGAAGAAUAAGGACAUGAGUAGAAAU